ACGGCGUCCUUCUCCAUGGGGGGCCCGGUGUUCAGGGGCCGCGGGCGGGGCUUACAGCGCAGCGAGCGCCGGGCCGCCUUGGGCGUGUACGAGGCGGCGCGCCGUGGGGGUCCGGGCGGUGGGGGGCCGCUCCAGCUCCUGCGGGGGCGGGGCCACGGCGCCUCUCUCUCUCUCUCUCUCUCUCUCUCUCUCUCUCUCUCUCUCUCUCUCUCUCUCUCUCUCUCUCUCUCUCUCUCUCUCUCUCUCUCUCUCUCUGCGGCUGAGUGCAGCGGGAAGCUCUUCAUCUUCCACGCCUCCAUCCCGACCGCUGAGGCACCUGGGAAGUUGAAGAACCGAGACGAUAAGAAGCUGGUCAGCACGGACAAGGAGAAGACGCUGUUCCACCCGGUGAAGGGCAUGUACGAGCAGCUGUCCAAGGACUGUGUAGCUCAGGGCUGCAGCGUGGACCUCUUCCUGUUCUCCAGCCAGUACCUGGACAUCGCCACCAUGGGGGAUGUGCCUGCGCACACCGGGGGCGCCGUCUACAAGUACAGCAACUUCCAGGUGGAGACCGACGGGGAACACUUCUUGAGGGACCUGAGGAAGGAUGUGGAGAAGCCCAUCGGGUUUGACGCCAUCAUGCGCGUCCGCACCAGCACAGGCUUCCGGGCGACGGACUUCUUCGGCGGCGUGUACAUGAACAACACGACGGACGUGGAGCUGGCUGCGGUGGACUGUGACCACGCCAUCACCGUGGAGCUGAAGCACGACGACACGCUCAGCGAGGAGACAGGCGCCUUCAUGCAGUGUGCCUUGCUCUACACCACCGCCGGGGGCCAGAGGCGUCUGCGCGUCCACAACCUCAGUCUGAACUGCAGCUCCCAGCUGAUGGAGCUGUUCAAGAGCUGCGAGACGGACUCGCUCAUCAACUUCUUCGCCAAAACAGCCUACCGUGCCAUCCUGAAGCAGCCACUGAAGAGCGUCCGGGAGAUCCUGGUCAACCAGACCGCCCACAUGCUGGCCUGCUACCGCAAGAACUGUGCCAGCCCCUCUGCCGCCAGCCAGAAUGUGCUGCCAGAGUUGGACAGUCCCCAGUCCAGGAAGGUCCGGGCCAUCAUCAGCAGCCUGAUGCAGCAGAGACCCAACUCCAUGAAGCCCUUGGCUGGCCUAAGGGCCAGGUGUUGUCACCAGCUCACCUCAGACCCUUCUGCCCCACCUACAUGAUGUGGACCUGAAUAUAUCCUACCCGGCCUGACCCAUACCCCUCUUAAUUCAAUUAACCCUCCCCUACACAUUUCUGAUUUACCUAUACCCACCCCUAGUUACCCACCUUACCCCAGACCUAUUCGUCUAAAACCUAUCCUUACCCUCUACUUCCCUGACACCUUAAAUAUUCCCCAAGUACCCCAACACACCCCUCUCCUCGCACACACUUGGUCUCGCCCGUCUGACG